AUGUUUACAUCAGCAUCUCAACGGCUCUACCUUGCCAGCAAACAGCACGUCUACUGGCGGCAGAUCAAGAUUCUUGUACCUAACACCUGGCCCAGCAGGAGUCAGUACCGGUCUGCUAGGACCGAGACCCUACAGUCUGCAAACAUUAUCGUACACGAAUUUCCCGAUGACGAACCGCUUGUCAACAACAUUGCAGGAUGUGGAAAAGAAGGAUCUCUGCUGCACUUGACACCGAGAUACGUUUUAGAUGAACAGUAUCGAGAAGAUAAAUUUGGGAACACAGACAAUGUCUUAGUCCGGAGCUGGGGUUAUUACCGGUGGGGUUUAUUUAGGGAACACUACAGCGGCAACGGAGACGGGUUUCCUGCUUAUGACUCGCCAACUGGUGGCACAGAGGGAACGCGCUGUUCAUUCAAGCUAAAAGGAAGCGUCAAGAUGCCUUCAGGUUAUCCAUGUCAGAGCGACCCUCACACUGGAUACAAACCCGAAUGUCGUUUUGUACCAGACACUGGAGGACAGACCGCUACAGGCUCGCUACUUUUUGCACCAAAUGAUGCUCACAUACCCUCGGUAGUAAAGUUCUGUGAAGACGAUAAUGCAGAUCUUGACAGCCUUCACAAUCCUCUUGCACCAAAUUUCAUGAACAAAUUAUGCGGUGGAGAUAGCGCAUGGAAGGUCAUGACCGAAAGAACAGAAGACUUUCAGGCUGGGGUCCAGCAAUCUGCUGACACCACUCCUGAAUUUGAAGUCGUCCAGGCCUCUUCAGUGAGAAGUGGUGCCAUUGUCUUUGUCCUCGAUAUCAGUGGCAGUAUGGCUGGGAGUCGUUUCGACCAAAUGAUCCAGGCAUGUACUGCAUUCAUCAACAGUGUGAUGCCUUCCGACAUCAAGAUCGGAAUAGUAGUCUUCCAAUCGUCAGCGGGAAUCAGAGCAGAUCUCACGGAUAUUACCAAUAUCGCUUCGCGUAGACAUGUCGUCGACUCCUUGCCGUCUGAAGCGACUGGGGGCACAUGCAUAGGAUGUGGGAUAUUGAAAGGCAUUGAGGUACUUGGUGAAUACGCACGAGGUGGAUACAUCUUACUCCUGAGUGACGGUAGAGAAAAUAAUUCUCCAGUCAUCAGAGAUACGUAUGAAGAGAUUGAAGACUCGGGAGUAAUAAUUGACACAAUAACAAUAAGCAACUCAGCUGAUGGGCAAAUGGAGUAUCUAUCGUCAAGCACUUCUGGAAUAUCAAACUUCUGCUCAGAUUCGGGUACUGGGACCUGCCUCAUGCAAUCGUUUCAGAGUACUUUAACGACAAGACCAGAUAUCACAAUGGAAACGGUUCCUAUACAGAUUUACAGUUCGGAUAUCAGCAUAAGUAAUCAUGGCUCCUACAAUAUCCCGAUAGUUGUCGACUCUACAGUGGGCAGUGAAACGGUAGUCAUAGUUUUCUGGACGCAGAGCCAAAUGCUUUCCAUUGCAUUCACUGGACCAGAUGGAAAUCGCAUUGACCGGAAUCAUCAACGCUAUCAACUUGAAGCGAUCACAAAGAUUGUGACGAUCACCUUACCCGAGGUGAAGGCGGUGAACUUUGCUAGGACACGAGCACUAGCUAUAUACGCUCAAGUUCAGCAGGAUUAUCAAUCUGUUUCAAAUGCUAACGUCACCGCCAUCAUUCGGGAUUCUUCCAAAACAACCACAGUGACACUGAAGGAUAACGGUUCAGGUGAAUAA